AUUUAUAAAAACCGAAAUUCUUCUCUUUUUUCACUCGCCGAUUUAACUUAACUCCGUUCAACUUCAUUGCCUACUCUCCGGUAACUGCUUCUUCCUUUUGAGCUAUGAUCUUCUUCUUCACAACCCUAAUUGCUUAACCAUUCCCUUCCCUAAUGGAAGAUUCCGAGGGCGUUCUCAGCUUCGAUUUCGAGGGCGGUCUCGAUGCCGGUCCCACGAACCCUGCCGCCACUUCCUCCUUACCCAUCAUCAAUUCCGACUCUUCUGCCCCACCCGCUGCCUCUGCCGUCUCCAACCCCCUCUCCGGUGCCCUUGGUCCUGCUGUUUCAGCUGAACCUACGGGCGCCCCACAUGGUAACGUCGGAAACCGGAGGAGCUUCCGGCAAACGGUCUGCCGGCAUUGGCUUCGUAGCUUGUGUAUGAAGGGUGAUGCUUGUGGUUUCCUUCAUCAGUAUGAUAAGUCUCGGAUGCCCAUUUGCCGGUUCUUCCGUCUCUAUGGCGAGUGCCGUGAGCAGGAUUGCGUCUAUAAGCAUACCAACGAAGAUAUCAAGGAGUGUAAUAUGUACAAGUUUGGAUUCUGUCCAAAUGGUCCUGAUUGUCGGUAUAGGCAUGCAAAGCUGCCUGGACCUCCACCUCCACUGGAAGAAAUCCUUCAGAAAAUACAGCAUUUAGGUUCAUACAAUUAUGGUCCCUCAAACAAAUUCUUUACACAACGUGGAGUUGGCUUAUCCCAACAGAAUGAGAAAUCUCAAUUUCCUCAGGUUCCAGCCCUCGUCACUCAAGGAGUGACAGGAAAACCUUCAGCAGCAGAAUCUGUUAAUGUCCAACAACAGCAAGGCCAACAGUCUGCACCACAAGCCAGCCAGACUCCAGUACAAAGUCUUUCUAAUGGCCAGCCCAAUCAAUUAAACAGAAAUGCAACGUCUUUGCCUCAAGGAAUAUCUAGGUACUUUAUUGUUAAAAGUUGCAAUCGUGAGAAUUUGGAAUUAUCUGUACAACAAGGGGUAUGGGCAACUCAAAGAAGCAAUGAAGCUAAACUUAAUGAAGCUUUUGAUUCUGCUGAUAAUGUUAUUUUGAUUUUCUCAGUCAAUCGGACUCGGCAUUUUCAGGGUUGUGCAAAGAUGAUGUCCAGGAUUGGUGGAUCUGUCAGUGGGGGCAAUUGGAAAUAUGCACAUGGAACUCCACAUUAUGGGCAAAACUUUUCACUCAAAUGGCUGAAGUUAUGUGAGCUCUCCUUUCAGAAAACGCGUCAUUUGAGGAAUCCAUAUAAUGAAAAUUUACCAGUAAAGAUCAGUAGAGAUUGUCAAGAGCUAGAGCCCUCUGUUGGUGAGCAGCUGGCAUCUUUGCUUUAUCUUGAGCCAGAUGGUGAACUCAUGGCUGUCUCAGUAGCGGCAGAAUCGAAACGAGAAGAGGAAAAAGCCAAGGGAGUUAAUCCUGAUAUUGGAAGUGAGAACCCAGAUAUUGUCCCGUUUGAGGAUAAUGAAGAAGAGGAAGAGGAAGAAAGUGAAGAGGAGGAGGAGGAGAGCUUUGGCCAGUCCGCUGGCUUACCACCUCAGGGUAGAGGAAGGGGCAGGGGAAUGAUGUGGCCACCACACAUGCCAAUGGGACGUGGUGCCAGACCCUUCCAUGGAAUGCAGGGUUUCCCUCCUGGGAUGAUGGGUCCGGAUGGGCUUUCUUAUGGUCCUGUUACACCCGAUGGAUUUCCCAUGCCUGACAUUUUUGGUAUGACCCCUCGUGGCUUUGGCCCGUACGGUCCUACUCCUAGGUUUUCCGGUGAUUUUAUGGGUCCUCCAACUGCUAUGAUGUUUCGAGGACGACCUUCUCAACCUGCGGCUAUGUUCCCCCCUAGUGGGUUUGGCAUGAUGAUGGGUCAAGGGCGUGGUCCAUUCAUGGGUGGGAUGGGGGUUGCCGGUGCUAACCCAGCUCGUCCUGGUCGUCCUGUGGGUGUGUCUCCAUUGUAUCCACCUCCUGCAGUACCCUCGUCUCAGAACAUGAAUCGAGCUAUUAAGAGGGAUCAAAGGGGACUAACCAAUGAUAGAUAUAUAGUUGGCAUGGAUCAAAACAAAGGCGUGGAAAUUCAAAGUAGUGGACGCGAUGAAGAAAUGCAAUAUAAGCAGGGCUCAAAAGCCUAUUCUGAUGAGCAAUAUGGAACAGGAACCACUUUCAGGAAUGAAGAAAGCGAAAGCGAAGACGAGGCACCUCGACGAUCAAGGCAUGGAGAGGGUAAGAAGAAGCGGAGAGGCUCAGAAGGAGAUGCAACUGCAAUCUCUAAUCAGUGAUUACUUGUAGUUAGUUCUAAUAUUGGAGUACUCUUUUUUUGUUUCUCUUUUAAUUUUAUAGGCAACUUCUUGUGACGAAAGUUAUACAUUUCUAAGUAUUGUCGUAAUUCAUACAUUAUCUUACAAAUUUGUAAGUGAACUUUCAUAUGAAGGGAAGAAUCUCAUAACUUCAAUAUUCGAUUAUGUGAA